CGUCCUUCUCCAGUAGCUGUUCCUGUUCCCUUUCGUCGACCCGCGUCACCAGUUCAAGUUCAUCUGCUUGAUUUCGUAGAUGGAGAUGCGGAUGGGUUCUGCUCAGACAGGUGGUCACUUCCCAGUACAGCACAGGUCCCUCUCCUUGGAUAUCAAGGGCAACAAGACUGACAUUGUUAUCACCAAAUAUGAAGAUAACUAUCUGGUGAUUGUGACACAAAUUGGAUGCAUGGGGACCAUAUUAACUGCAAAGAAAGAUGAAAGUGUUUUCUCUGAUCCAACCUACAAUGUAUCUGUUCUUUUUGGAAAGAGAGACGAGCCGCUCCUGCUAGCUUGUGCACGUCAACUUAUUGAGCAUAUAAGUCACAGUGGCUCAGCUCGACCUUUGGUGAUCUCGCUUGGUUUGAAGGAUCAUUCCCAGGGAACGCUGAAAGAUGUAAUUUCUGCCAUCAUUGAGAACCGUCUAUGGUGAUACUUUAACUAAGGCUGAGAGUCACAUACAUAUUCAGUUUAUCUAUGGAGAUGCUGACAGAAAUACACAGUAUGAGAGCAAAAUUAGUGCUACCUUGUCAUGUAUGGACCUCUAAGAUUUUUGAAUUAGAAUUUGUUCCCACUGCAAUUAUCACAAGGUGAUCUCCCCGCUAAGUUGCUCAAUGUUCAAUAUUCCCGUAGCUUGAGUUGGGUA